CACCCUCCUUCCUAACACCGUUUAUCAGCGAUUUGGAAUUCCCCAAAAAGAUCCACAAGGCUAUCCCCUUCUGGUAAAGAUCCGUCGCGCAAGCUCUCCAACCAUCGUAGAUCUGUAAUCCAGAGAGCUCACUCGGAGCUGUAGCUGCAACGUAUCAUGCGGAUCCAAGCACAUAGUUGACAAAUAAUGAUGGAAGGAGUCUUAGUGUGCUGAUCUGAUACGUUGCGGCACUCAAUGCCCGCCUUGUGGGACUAAUUCGGAGGAGAGACUCCGAGGGUUGAAGUAAGGUAACAGACUGCGCGACUGAGAUAGCAGCAGAGCUAUAUAAGAUACUCUCCUCACGCUGAGGACCUUGCUGGACAAGACACAUCACUACUCUCUACACUAAACUCACUCCAACGAAUCAGACGAUAUGACCGACUACAAGGGACAGUGCCAUUGCGGCCAGACGGAGUGGACUGCUACGCUGCAGUCAGACCAGCAGGCGCAUAUCCUUUGCCACUGCGAUACAUGCAAAUCCCUCUCUGGAGCACCAUACACAUUGAACCAGAUCAUCCCCGCCAAGGCCUUGAAAAUCACCAAGGGUGACGACCUCGGAAAGUACACCUACAAGGGUGAUUCUGGCAAGGGCGUUCACUGCUACUACUGCAAGAACUGCACCUCGCACGUUUACCACGCACAAGAAGCCCUCGGCCCGGACAGCAUUGUGCUGCGCACUGGACUGCUCUCGGAGGGACUCAAGAACUUCGGCGCUGGUGCGGAGAUCUACUGCAAGGCGAGGCUCCCAUGGGAGAAGGAGGUUGCUACCUCGUUUGAGGCUAUGCCCCCAUCGUAGACGCUGUUGAGACUAGCGACCGAUGGUAUAUGUAGAUUGAA